AUGGGGUUUAAUUGUUGGAAAGAAGCUGAUUUAUUACAUAGUAAAACCCUACCAAAGUUCAAAAUAUAUAGUAGAGAUCCUUCAAAAUGUUAUUUAAGAAUUAGUUUGCUUUAUUCUUUAAGAUGACCUUAUCAGACCUGAUAUGCCUUGAGAAUUCAUCGGGUGCCCAAGUUUUGCUCCAAUCGUUUUCCCAGAGGGGUACGUCUUCCUUAAAUAAUUCUUUCUUUUCCUUUUCAGUGAGUUCUAUAAAAUAAGUCUGUGAUUAGUACCGUAGUCAGGGUGGAUACCUCCAAACUCAUCGUCAUCUGUGAUGGUGAUGACCUUCUUCAGUUUGAUGGGGUUCUCCAUUUUGUACUUAAACUAUGCGCG